UUUCGACGUGGGACUCCACCAACUCUCAAUUUCGGUUAGGUAGAAUGCUAGGCCAAUUCUUUCAAAAACUCUUUGGCAUCACACAACAAACAAAUACUCGAAUUUGGAGAUGUUUCAAUCAGAGUAUCAACAACGAUUGCUUCCGGGCGUCGCCGGGGGCAAAAGGGAGGAUCUCGAUCUGCGCUGCAUUCCCACACGAGCUGGUAACCACUGGAACCGGAACUUUGUCAAUGCUCCGGGAAACUCCAGUGUGUGCGAGAGCUCCGUGUACUCCUGUCUGUUGCGCAACGAGUUCCUGGACGAGAACAUCACUUCCUUGGAGAACUGCGAGGAGAGCGUACAGGUUCAUGGCCAGACGGAUGAUUUUAGGAAUCGGCAUAAUCGUAUCUUUGGUUUUGCCAGCGGCUCUUCGCCGCCAGUACGCACACCAUUCGUCAACAUCAGCGAGAGCAGCCAGCGGCUGCUCAGCAUCUUCAAGAGACCCGUACGCCGACUGCCACGUCGCCCAUACAAGAUACUCGAUGCGCCGGAGCUGCAAGACGACUUCUACCUGAACCUUAUUGACUGGUCGUCGAAAAACACCCUGGCCGUUGGUCUGGGGUGCUCGGUUUAUCUCUGGAGUGCCGUCAGUGGUCAGGUGACGCGUCUAUGCGACUUCAACAAUGAGGAUAACCUGAUUACAGCAGUUAGCUGGCACGGUGAAGGCCGGCAUGUGGCCAUUGGCACCCAGUCCGGGUACGUGACCAUUUGGGAUGCUGAGAGCCAGAAGCAGAUGAGCCGACUGGACGAGCACUCUGCGCGUGUAACGGCUCUAGCUUGGUGCGGCAACCAAUUGGCCAGUGGCUCCCGCGACCGCUCCAUUUUGCAGCGGGAUGUCCGCAAUCCCCCGACGCACAUAACCCGCUGCUUGCGCGGGCACAAGCUAGAGGUGUGUGGCCUACAGUGGUCGCCCAGCAAUCGAUACUUGGCCAGCGGUGGCAGCGACAACCGCCUGUUGGUUUGGACCGACGACCGGCCGGAGCCCAUUUACGCCUUCGACGAGCACAAGGCGGUGGUCAAGGCGCUGGGCUGGUCGCCACAUAAGUCCGGUCUUCUGGCCAGUGGCGGUGGGUCCGCCGAUCGCUGCUUGCGCUUUUGGAACGUGCUCACCGGGAAGCUGGUGAAGUGCAUCAACACCGGCGCCCAGAUCAGCAACCUGGCCUGGGCCAGGGAUUCCCGAGAGCUGGUUACCACCCACGGACACGCGCAGCCACAGGUCAUUGCCUGGCGUUAUCCCUCGCUGAAGCAGGUGGCCAGGCUCUCCGGGCACACGCAGCGGGUACUCCACCUGUCCGUGAGCCCGGACAACGAGUCCAUAGUGACUGGCGGCGCAGAUGAGACUCUUCGCUUCUGGACCGUUUUCACCAAACAGAAAAUAUCCAAAGAGCCAAACUCCGUGCUCCGUUUGUUUAAUGGCAUAAGAUGAGGACAAAAUUGCGACGUAUUCCUUGUGAUACCAUAAAUUAUAUUUGUUAUCAUCUAAAGUCUCAUAUGUCUCUUCAUUUAAGAUCGUCGUUUUCGUCUUCUGCA